AAUUUUUUCAUAAAAAAAAAUAGGGAAAAAGAGUUAAAAAUAUGGUAGCAGGGAUUAUUUUAGGGUCUAUUGGAGUAGCGACUGUGGCAACGCUUAUAGGUUUAGGAUUACGAACAUUUCAAAAAUAUAAAUUAUUUCCAAGAGGGGCAUCUUCUCAGCAUAUUUAUAAAGGGGGGUUUCACAAACAAAUGUCAUGUAGAGAAGCAGCGUUAAUUUUGUCUUUAAAGUAUGUUUUUAAACUAAAAAAUGAUUUUUUUUAUUUUAAUAAACUUUUUAUUUGUAUUAAUAUAAUAUAUAGCGAGAAUACAUUAACUCGAUCCAAACUAAAGGAUGCACAUAGAAGAAUUAUGCUUUUAAAUCAUCCGGAUAGAGGAGGAAGUCCGUAUAUAGCAAGUAAAAUAAAUGAAGCAAAAGAUUUAUUAGAAAAACAACGGAAUCUACGUCCAUAG